CUUGACUCAUUCAGGUACUUGGCAUCCUGCAGACAGGGACGGUCUGAAUGUGCUUAGUUUGUGUUUGUGUGUAAAUGGGGUGGGAUGUUUAUAUAAACAGCAACUCUCUGUAAGUGACACUAAUAUUUGAGCUCCAGUGCAGGCAGGAGCAGCUCUCUGAGGGUCAGCUUUCUAGGCCACUAGAUUCAUCACGGACCAAGGCUUACAGUUCCAUCGAUUCCUUGCCUAGUCUUGGAGAACGACUUGCAGCACAAAGAUGUCUUCUGGAGGGUUAAGCUUCACUGUUCGGAGAAUUUUGGGUCUUCCAGAAUUUGACAGCACAGCCUUACAGAACGAUUCACCCUUAAAUUACACCAGUAGGACCCCAUAUCAAGACUGGCUGGAUAAUGAGAGAAAACACUUUCUCUCCUCAGAUGACAGCGGGUCGGAGACCACCUCUCCAGACACCACUCAGAGAUCAGAAGCGGGAUCUGACACGGCUGAGACAGAGGAGAAGAAGAAGAAAAAGCGUAGAGUCCUCUUCUCAAAGGCUCAGACUCUGGAGCUGGAAAGAAGGUUCCGCCAGCAGCGCUACCUAUCAGCCCCAGAAAGGGACCAGCUGGCUCACAUUCUGCACCUCACUCCCACCCAGGUCAAAAUCUGGUUCCAAAACCAUCGCUACAAGAUGAAGAGGGUCAAGCCUGAGACAAGCAGCACACCUCCUCUAUUUAAAAGGGUCAUGGUCCCAGUUCUAGUGAGGGAUGGACAGCCAUGUCAGACUUGCACUUCUGCCCCACCUUCAGAAAGGGAAAGUAUCCAAGUGCUUCCCACUCUGCCCUUCAACUUUUUCCAAGGUUAUCAUCAACAUCAACAGGUAGCCCACCCUUCAAGCUUCUCCUGGAGAUGGUGACUAGAACGCUAAUCCUAUCUUGUGUUUACAAAGGCAUGGACACCUUGAGGAAGGGAAACACAGAAACAUAGCUGAUGUUUGACAGCAAUAAUAACCCAAAACAGCCAUAGCCAGAACUGUGUGGGCUAUACAAAUGUAGCACUCUAGGAGAUUCAAGUAUCUUGUAUCUUAAACAGAUACAAGAACAAAGCAGCCAGUCUGGAUAUUGCCCUCAGAAGAGUCAGUGGUAUCCAAGACUGAAAGUGUAUAAUUAAAUGUGUAUUUGUGUAUAUAUACAGUAAAUAUAUGGAAUUUUAUUUUAUGAUAUUUUUUCAUUUGUAUAUAAAGUUUUUUUUCUUUUCAACUGUUAAAAAUAUUUCAUGCUUUAAAGACUUCAUUAGCUGUGUUCAGAAAGGGCAUUUUGCUGAUGGAUUUAAUAAAUGGAUUGAAAAUA